AUGUCCCCGGAAAGGACACUUGAUGAAGAUAGCAGUGACGGUGCCAGUGAUCAUCUAAUUGCGGACGAAUCGAUCGAGGAAGAGUUGCUGGAGGAAGAGGAAGUCGCGGAGAUCGGCAACAGUGGUACGGGUGUAGAAACCAUCGUCGGAGAUCACGUGACCGUUGAGACCACGUCACCGGUGCCUAGCCCCGGAGCAGAAACGACAAUAUCGUCCCAUCUCGGGUGCGCUACCGAGGGACCCACCAGAGUACCGACAACUUCUGGAACGGAUUCUCUCCGCAACGGCACCACCAUGGUACUGUCAACGAUUCCACUCGAUCAGUCGAUGAUGCAUCAACAAAUACUGCACCUGCAGCCACAGCAGCAGCACACCGUUAACCAUACGAUCAACAACAACAACACGAGCUUCAAAAACCAUAAUAGUAGCAGCGGUUCGGUUGGAGCAAAAAACAUUCUUAUCAGCAGCAACACGGGCACUUGCAACAGCAACACUAACAGCGGUACUAGCAGCAGCACCAGCAGCACGAUUACGCAUCAAAUUGUGCAUCAACAUCAUCCCCAUACGUACACCAUCAGUCUUGGCAAUCAUAGUGCGGGUGGUAACGGAACCCAUUACCAAACGGUUGCCACGGCAACACCCAACAGUAGCGCUGGUGGUAGCAUUGUUGCACCAAUCACGACCGGAAGCAGUAACGGCAACAACACCAGUAGCAAUAUGGCGACCGUUGGUACGGGUGCACUCGCACUAGUAACUGGAGGUUCCGCAACCGUCGUCAAUACCGUGCCAUCGUCUCCGUCUCCGGUAGUGUCAUCGUUAGGUGCUGGCAGCACUGGUACGACCGGUACCGGUAUGUUGGUGGUGGCGGAUCGGAAUGGAACGGCCACUACCACGACCACGGGCAAGCUCGUACUGCUGCACCAGGGCCGCGCAGGCGAAGAUUAUAUAACAACAACAGGCGAAACGAUCAAUGGGGGCAACAUAGUACUGCUGGCAACGGAACAGAUGGAUAUGGCCGAACACGACAUUAUCAACAAUAAUGUUAUCAUAAGCACCACUGCCACCGGUACCGGUGGUACGGCACGAACGGUUACUCUCCCAGCUCAUCAGUCGCAUCUACUGCACGGUGGUACACCCGUCACAGCAGCCACCAACGGGCCACCGACGACGAACGGUGACGAGGAGCUGACAUCGUUGUCUUGGUUGCAGGAUAAGAAUUUACUGAAAGGUAUCCACCUGCCUAAAGUGCCAGUUUCAUCCCCGGAUAGUCCCAGGCAGGUAAGCGCGGUAGUGACCGGUGGAGGUGUGGCUGGUCGUAUCUCACCGACCAGCGACUUUGUGGAAGAUUCAUCCAGCAUUUCCGAGGAUAACAACUCUUCAGCCAACUCGUCAUCGGAGCAAAGCAGCACCGGCGGUGUAUAUUCAACCGAUCCGACCGUAACGACCGAUCGACGGACACCAUCGCAGCAUCUGUACCAGCAGCACGGUUCCAGCUCGAAGGCAAUCACAACGCUUAACGGAGAUACGAUCAUUGGUAUACCGGUGAUUGCGGUUAAUCAGCAUCAUCAUCCGCAUCACACGCUCACCGGAAGCAAUGGUACGAUCCAGCAGCAGGUAGUCCUGGACGGUGGAAAGACGAUGAAGGUGUCCGUGAUGACAAGCCCGGGUCCGGCCACAACGGCUACUCCGUUCAUUGUAACGGGCAGCAGUACGGGCGUACCGAUUUCUUCAUCGUACGGGAUCGUUUCAUCACCCGUCAGUUCGGCAGUGGCGGCUCCUGUGGCAGCUUCGACACCGGUGAGCACGCACUCAAAUUCCAACGGUAGCAGCAGUAGCACUGCUACAAGCACUCCGCAUCAACACUUCCACAAAAAGUAUCUGCGAGAGGAACUUGUGAAACAACAACAGCAGCAGCAGCAGCAACAGCAGCAACAACAGCAAUAUCAGCCAUCGCAGCAUCAACCAAACGCUAAAACCACGAUCGGUGGAACAGUGACACUGAUGUCCGCUAGUGGAACAACUAACAACAUCUUCGUCACACCCAUGAAACAACAAACAAACAGUGCUAUGAAGUACGAUGACGGUACCGACAGCGUCGAGGAUCGACAUUAUCCUCCACCUGCAGCUCCGAUCAAGAAUGGUAGUAGCAGCAGUUACGGUGGAAGUAGCACCAUGAGUUCACCGAAUGUAAGCGGCGAGGAGUAUAGCAACCACGUUGGCAACACCGUGACCGUGUACGGUGGACUCAACAUGAUUAAGCAAUCACCUGUGCCGUCGCCGACGAUGCUGUCCCCGGCGCACAACGGUAGCUCAAGCAACGGGUUGAUCAUUCAGCAUCAUUCGAAUCAUUACCAGCCACAGCAGCAACCGAUUGCAACACCUCCUCCACAGCAACAACCGUUGCCACCACCGCCAUCCACCAGCUCGUCUGCAUCGCUUUCUAUGCCCGCAUCGCCACAAGGUUCCUCCGGUAGUUCCGUCAGUCCGUCGAAGUUAGCUCCGCCGAAAGCGAAGCAUCCGACCAACGUGCCAUACGAUCCGCUGGUACACGUGAACAGUAAGCCUCCGUUCAGCUUCAGCUCGCUCAUCUUCAUGGCCAUUGAAAACUCCCAGCAGAAGGCGUUGCCGGUGAAAGAGAUUUACGCCUGGAUCGUGCAUCAGUUCCCGUACUUUAAAACCGCCCCGACUGGAUGGAAGAACAGUGUGCGCCACAAUCUAUCGCUGAACAAGUGUUUCCAGAAGGUGGAAAAGGCUGCGAAUCUCGGUAAAGGCUCCCUGUGGAUGGUCGAGCCUCAGUUCAGACCAAACCUCGUGCAGGCUCUUUCGCGCUCACCGUUUCACGCCGGUUCCGGCAUGGAUAAGGCAACGUAUAAGAGCAUGCAACAGCAACGUUCCACCAAUGCCAGCCCAACUGGCAAUGGGUCACACUAUUCCAAGCAGGAUAAUUUCCCACAGCUCACAAGUCGUCUAGCACCGACGGAUGCACAAAAUGGUCUGCUGCAUCACGAUGAUCUGGACGAUAUCAGUCGCUCCUCCACGCCGAUCGAUUACGAUGGUGGCAAUGGCGAUUUGGCAUCUGGUCCACAUCAUAGCACCCAGUACCAGCCCCAGCAUCAUCACAUACAGCACGAGCAGCACCAAUUGCCUUCCGCACAUCACGCUCACCAGCAGUUGAUUGCUGUGGCCGGAGGUGGUUACCAUCACAACCGGCAAGGUUCACCCGAACCACCCGCAAAUGGAUCGGUAAAUGUAUCGUAUCUAUCGAGCGUUGACGGUACCACGAUCGUGACGGGUCCAACCGGCGUUGUGUACAUGAACGGAGGUGCAGUAGGUGCGGCUCUAUCGAAAGAUAUCGUUACCGGACGGGAAUGGAGUGCCGAUACAAUAGAGGAUGUGAAUGCCGCUACGGCAAUGCUCGCCCUCAAGCACGGACCUAAGAUAUUUACGGAAAGUUCGUUCCGCAAUGGCCAACCUCCUGUUAUUACAACCUCACCGAGCGAAGACCAUACAUACUCUGCCGGUGGAGUCGGUGUGCAAGAGCUGACGAGCAAUGGGUUGCCUACGAACGGGUCGACCACAGCAAUAGGGAAUGGGUAUAGCUGCGGCUCGUCGUCCGAUGAGCGAUACGAGCCACAGCAUAACAGUCGGCACCCGCAACAUCACACGGUGGGCAGUCACCCUCAUCAUCACCAGCUACAGCAGCAACAUCAUUCGAUUCGGCCAAGUGAUACGGUCAGCAAUGGCACGUCAUCCGAUGCUACGUACGAAAGCAGUGAGGAAAGCCAUCCGCCGCACGUUGCGUCCGCCGAAGAUGUGGAGGAACGUCGCCGACAGGAAGGUGUGUUCGCACUGCUCAACCUCGCCCAAAUGACCUACUCACCUUCGCCUUCCUCGUCUAUGUCAUCCUCGACGUCCACCCUAUCAUCGCCCGCAUCCUCUACGGGUUCGCUGAAACGGGCUGCUCCGAACGAUACAUCAUACGCUCCUGUGCAUGGGAACUAUCGCCAACACGCCGGCUCACCCGAUCGAGCACGGACAGCCUCACCACAGAUAGCGCACCAUCAUCACCUGCACCAUCUACAGGCUAACGGGCUUUUGCAUGCCGAAUCGGGUGUGAACACCGGCGGCAACAUCUUGCAAACGAUCCCCAACGUUUCAUACUACACUAGUGGUGGUGGUGGUGGUGGUGGUAGCAGUAGCAGCAGUAGUGGCGAUCUUACCCGUCAAUAUGCAUCGCCACCGCCGGCAAAGAAAACCAAACCACGCUCAUCGCUUAAGAAGCUGAAGAAGAAAUCGCUCGGCCGGUAA